AAGUCUUGUCGUUGACAAUCGCAUCGAAUGUUUUAUGAAAUGCUUUCAACAGUAUCCCCAAUGUGUUGGCUUUAAUUAUAUGAAUGAUGCGAAAGAAAAUGAUAUAAAUUGCCAAACUAGUAACACAACAUUAAAUAAUGCCUCAAGGAAAUUUUCUUCAAAAGGAAAUUGGACUUUUUUCCAAACUCUCGCGACGGUGGGCAAGUCAUUGAAAUCCUGGACUCUCGUCGCUCGUUUUUCAAACAACGAUUCCAAAAACUGGAUGAUGAGCAACGGAUGGUUUUGGUAUGAUAAAAUGACACCUCAGGGGAAAGUGAACGAUCCAUCUGACAAUUACGAUAUGAUAUCUGAAGCAUUUUGGAAUUUGAAAGGAAACGAAUUUAAGAUAACAAGCGAUGAUAUUAACAACGUUGCAUUACUGCAAACAACAUCAAACUGCCUUCAAGGUCAAUCUUUUCGAUCUAAAAUUACAAGUUACGGUAAUUGGAGAAAUGGAAAAGUUUGGAACAGUGAUGCUUGUCGUGGAAGGUGUCCAGUUGUUUAUGGAGGUCAGUACAAAACCACAGCCGGAUUUGAACAGAACAGUUGCAGCAGCAACAUUCAAAAUAGCAGUUAUGUUGGAUUUUGGUGUGAUUGGGAUUCAGGUGAUGGUGCUGUCUUGAUGAUUGGUGGUGGAGGUUCAAGCUGUAGCAGAGCUGAUCAUGGAAUUGGGAUCACUGAGGAGAAUUCAGCAAGAUUUGGGGGAACAUUACCCUAUUAUGAUUUUGGAAAACAUGCAGAUUACAUUCCUCCUUCAGAUUACUCUCUUAAUCUGUGGGUACGAUAGUGAAUACAGCCCGAAUUCAUCAAUUCAGCAUUAAUUCAACAUCGUAUCAAUCUUUAGCUGACAUUUUUCAAAACUUUGUUGAACUAAGAAAAUAGUGGGAAAUUAUUACUUAAUUAACAAGAUUUGUAUUUGCCAAAAAAUGCAUACUUAAAAUUUAGAUAUAUCUCGAACGUUUAUACAAUAAUAUAAAGCAUGAUAAAUUAUAAAAUAAAAACAAUAAUGUGUAAUUCGACGUGUGCUCAAACAAAUUAAAUCAAUUAAAGAGAAUCUGCAAAGCAAUCAUUAAAA